AUGUCUAGCUUAAAAUCAGCAUAUAGGAGGGGAGGGAAUCCCUACCUAGACACUGUCGAUACAACUGAGGACAUUGAUUUGGCAGCUGAUUCAGGAACUGGCUCUCAAUUUUUACCAAGAAGAAACAAGACAGUAAAAGCUAGAAUUCAAGCGCUUAUAAGAGGAAUAUAUUAUUUGGAUCCAGAUAUGAUUCGAGACCAAGCAAGAGUGACGAGUCUGUGGGCAAAGGGGACGUAUCAAUCCAACCUCACUAAGCCUACAUACCUCCAUGCUUUGCUGUUAUCAUGGGUUUUACUUUUAUGGUACGGAGAACGUCACUACCCGUAUAGUGCAAUUAAAAGCAAGUGCCACUGGCAUGCUCAUACUUCAGGUUCGCAUCCUUCUCGCGUAGCACUGAUUGCUGAUCCGCAAUUGAUUGAUGAUAAUACCUAUCCUACUAGACCCAAAACACUUCUGGCUAUUACAAAAUAUAUUGUGGACAGCUACUUAAGGCGAAAUUGGGUGAAUAUAAAUAAGAUUUUGGACCCUCAUGCUAAUAUUUUCUUAGGUGAUCUGUUUGAUGGUGGGAGAGAGUGGUCUGACUCAGUUUGGAGAGAGGAGUAUGAUAGAUGGAAUAGAAUCUUCACUCGCCCUCCAUACAAGCGCACGGUAAUGAGUCUACCAGGGAAUCAUGAUAUAGGGUAUGGCGAUACGUUAGUACCACAUGCAUUAAACAGAUUCCAAGCAUAUUUCGGUGAAACCUCGUCAACUGUAGAUGUUGGAGAAUACACAUUUGUUCUACUGGACACGAUUUCUAUGUUGAAUACCGUUAAUAGCAGCAUCUAUGGACCACCGACCGAGUUUCUUAAAAAUCUUGAUAAAAAUUUGCCGGCUGAUAAACCACGGAUUCUACUCACUCACAUACCCCUGUACAGAUCGCCAGACAGUAAGUGCGGUAAACAUAGAGAAUCGUCGAAGGGUGCCCUUCCUUAUGUCUACGGAUAUCAAUACCAAACCUUGGUCACACCUAAAGUUAGCAACGACGUUUUAACUGCCGUCAAACCGAUUGCUGUAUUUUCUGGAGAUGACCACGAUGCUUGCCAUGUUCAACACAAGUUUUAUGAUGCACGAUAUGAUCCUCAAAAUCCCUCGUAUAAUCAUAAGCUGGCCACUUGGUACCCCGCCGAGCCUACUGAAGAAGGCUCUACUUUAGAUGCUGCGGCAGGUUCCCGCAUUGUCGAUGAAUAUACAGUCAAAUCUAUUUCGAUGGCUAUGGGAAUUGAUUACCCUGGUAUUCAGUUAGUUACACUUGGUCCCACUGGUUAUGAAUCGGAUCCUUCACAUUUUCACACCUCUAUUUGUCUGAUGCCAUCGCCAUUCUGGGCCUUUACACUAUAUGGCUUGUUUGCUAUCAUUACGUUGGGAGUAGUCCUCUUGUAUAACUUGUUUCCGGCUCGUAUUCCUCGCAGAUUUAUGUUUCUAAAUAAAGCAGCCUCUUCAUCUGUUCUUGAUGUUUCUCUGCCGACUCAUUCAGGUGAAGAAAAACCACGUUUACCAAUCAACAGACCGCUGCGUAAGUCAUGGUCUUCUCUUGCAUUUGAUCUCAUUCUGACUGCAGGACUUGUGAUUUCUCUAUUUCUCUAUCUCAAUCGUGCAUUGUUUGAUUAG